GUGAGAGAGGAAAACUGCAUCUCUCUCUCUCUCAUUUUGUUCAGUGCACCCACAGGCGCAAACACACUCGGCGACAUACACUAUUCCAAUCCUUAGCAGCCUGGACACAGACAAAGCAGACACCAGCUACAGCAGCCUGUACCGUCUGGAAGAGUUCUGAGCGACACCACAGAUGGGGCCUGGAUUGUUUUGGAACUUCCCUCCCAAGGCUGGCUGCACGGUUCCACAGAGCCUCCUGCAGACCAUGUUGCUGUCCAGGAUGGCUGGGAUGAAGGAGCAGCAGUUCACGGAGGAGAAGCCCCUGCUGCCCGAGCAGCGAGGAGUGGACUCAGACAUGCAGGAUAAAGGAGAGGAGGCAUCGGGGGGGUUACCAUGCCCCGCCAGCCCCGAGCCCCUUAACCAACCCCCCCCCCCCAGCCGCCCCACUCACCGCUGGCAUGUCAUCGCACGGCACUGGCUCCGCCAGACCCGCCGUCGGACCAGCGGGGUCCUUCCGGAAAGCUGUGAACAGCUGAUGCCAGUAGGGGAUUGGAAGGAACACGAUGUUGAGACCCCUUAUGGGAUGCUGCAUGUGGUGAUUCGCGGUGCACCCAAAGGAAACAAGCCUGCAAUCCUCACCUACCACGAUGUGGGACUGAACCACAAGCUCUGCUUCAACACUUUCUUCAAUAAUGAGGAUAUGCAGGAGAUCACCAAGCACUUUGUGGUUUGCCAUGUGGAUGCUCCGGGACAGCAGAUUGGAGCAUCACAGUUGCCACAGGGGUACCAGUACCCUACUAUGGACCAGUUGGCCGGGAUGCUGCCCACUGUGGUGCAGCACUUUGGAUUUAAGAGCAUCGUUGGGAUUGGAGUUGGAGCUGGAGCUUACAUUCUGGCCAAGUUUGCUCUGAUCUUCCCUGACCUGGUGGAGGGUUUGGUUCUGCUCAACAUUGACCCCAAUGGCAAAGGCUGGAUUGACUGGGCUGCCACCAAGCUGUCAGGUCUGACCAGCGCUCUGCCAGAUACUGUGCUGCCACAUCUUUUCAGCCAGGAGGAGCUGAUGAACAACACAGAGCUGGUGCAGAGCUACCGGCAACAGAUCAACAACACCAUCAACCAGUUCAACCUGCAGCUUUUCUGGAACAUGUACAACAGUCGGAGGGACCUGGAGAUGAAUCGCAGUGGGACAGUGCUCAACGCGAAGACCCUGAAGUGUCCAGCCAUGCUGGUUGUGGGAGACAACGCCCCGGCGGAGGAGGGAGUGGUUGAGUGCAACUCCAAACUGGACCCAACCAACACAACUUUCCUAAAGAUGGCUGACUCUGGUGGGCUUCCCCAGCUCACACAGCCUGGGAAGCUGACUGAAGCCUUUAAGUAUUUCCUACAGGGAAUGGGCUACAUCGCUUAUGUGAAGGAUCGGAGGUUGAGUGGAGGGCCAGUGCCCUCUGCCAGUAUGACCCGCCUGGCUCGUUCCAGGACGGCCUCCCUGACCAGCGCCAGCUCCAUGGACGGGUCCCGCUCCCGGGCCUGCACCCAUUCUGACAGCACUGAGGGGGUCGGGACAGUCACCCACACCAUGGAGGUGUCUUGCUGAGGAGUUAGCGAGCCAUAGAAAGAGGGAGGGAGGGGCUGGAGGGAUGGAGAGAGAAAGGGCAAGAUGGGAGGGGUGACAGCAAAGAAGAGAUGAAAGGGAUUGAGGUGUGAGAGGCAAAUGCGAAGUAAUGAAGGUGCAACUACCUCUGCGUAGUCAGACGUGGGAGAUGGAAGAGCGAGACAGCAAAAGGAAGAAAAGUUCAUGACCUAAGGUGGAUACAGCUCUCUCUGUCUUCAUCUUUCUCCUCCAGAUCCCUUUGUCUGCCAUCUUCUUCCCUUCUCCACUGUAAAAUACCAUAUGUGUUGCUAUAGAAACCUCCAGCCACACCUUUAAAUAUCCACCUCGACCCCACUUUGUCACCUAGCACCUAAAGAUUUAAGCAACUGUUUUUGUUCUUGCAGUGUCAUUCUUGUAUUUGCUAAAUGUUUCCUCACCCUCUAACCCCCCCCCCCCCCCCAUGCCCCCACCCCUCCACAACCACACAAAGUAACCCUUUAUGUCAACAGUCCACACAGCAAUAUAUGAUAAGAGCUGCUGUUAAUAACGUCAUAUGGAAAUCUGUCAGAGGGGGUGAAACUGCAGGACACAGCAACAAAAACAGAGGUGGUACAAUGACAAAGUGAAAUGCUUCAGUGUUAUGCAACCAGUUUAUUUUUUUGCUGUACGAACAAAAUAUCAGUAUUUCUGUGUUGUUUGUUAGAGAUGGUUAGAUUUCUCUCUAUGAGUGACUGGUGAGUGUUAGAGGGUAUGUGUCCAGAAUUUGACAGACAACAGAACACAGCCUACUGUAGCCAUGUGCACCUGAAGUGCUUUGAGAGAAUUAGUUAGUUGUUUUAGUCAAAGAGCAUAGCUAGAGUACACCAUGCUGAUUUAAAGCUGCACUCAGUAAGAUUUUAUAUUAAACUUGUUAACUAUGCUAAGAGUGUACAAACAUACAUUUCUUGAAUUCAGUCGUAAAAGACACUGAGACCUAACAACAUGUUCUCAUGCCAACUCAUCACAUGUUGCCGCUUUGUCAGUGACCUUCUGCGACUACUUAUGGCUUUUUAGGUAUCCCUCUGUGUUAGCUGUUUAUGCUUUGGGAUGCUGUCAUUAUUACCUGACACUGUCCUUCGGUGUUUCAUGCGCACAUGACCAGCUCCGUCAGUCCAGCCACUUUCUUAAGUGACACCACCUGUGAGCUUUGUGUGUGGACCCGCCUGAUGCCAUCCAGCCAACCGCCAGCAUAUAAUAACAACACCACUGGUUCCAUCAAGCAUAUUCACAGCUGACGCCACCCAGCCACACUCUGGUUGAAUGUGGAAGGUGGUUUUUGGCGUUAUGUUUUUAUGCCAAAAUCACUGACAGAGCAGAUGUAUUGUAAGAGUUCAGAGUGAGAACGGACUGGACCAUGCCAUCACACCAGGAAGCUUUGCUGACGCUAAUGUUAAGCUCCAGCCACUUUGAUUACUUUGUCCAUUUUAAUCUGUACUUAAUAUAGGUAAAGUAUAACCAGACUGUAGUUUGGAUAAUGUUAGUUUGAGCAAGAUGACAAUCAGUGAUUUCUGAGCCACUGGAGUGCAUCUAUUGUUUAGUAUUAAAUAAGCAUAAAAUGACUGAUACAAACAUACAAUCCAGUGUAGCAGAUGUAGCAGUAAAGUUACUAUGAAGCACUCAAUCAACAAACAACUGGAACUGGACUUGUUUUUACACACAUUAAUUUCUCACUUAUAAUUACUCUCUGUGAAAUUGCCAACAUUGUAUAAAGUGAAGUAAGUAAUUGCCUAAAAAAAACUAUGAAUAGUCUCGUGUACAGUGCUUGCUUAAAGCAUGUGAAGUGAAAAUAGAAUUAUGCGUAAUAGAGGAACAAUAUUGUAUCUUUUUGAGCUGAAAUUGCAAACUAAUCAGGACACCACAGACACUUCCAAUUAAUCAAUGUUCUGUUUGUUACGUCACUUCUCUGCCCAGGAAAACCAAUCAAAACCACACUGUCGCAUAAGUAGCUCUCAAAAAGUGGUCUAGUGGUCCUAGACAGGCCAGACUGGUGAGCAUGACCCAUCGCAUUAUUGAUUUUUUUGGAAAUUCAAAUCUUCACUUUUAUACGGCCUUUUGAAGUCACGUCAAUGCAAUGUUGCUGAGUGCAGCUUUAAACUGCGUCAUCUCACAUGUCUAAGCCAAUAUACUACAUGAAUAUAGUCUAAAGGAAGUAUUUAUUAACAUGUAUAUGCAUGUGAAUGUUAAUGUUAUAUUAGGGCAUUCUAGUGUCUGAGUAGUAUCUUCUAUUAGGGCAUUCUCCAUUAGCACCGUAUUUGUGAAUAUUUAAACAAAGCUACCAAUACAACCAGCAUCAUUAUCCUGCAACUCCACUGCAUGGAUGUGGUUCUUGCCAUAGUCGGCUCUUUGUGGUCUCUAGGAUGACAAUCACACUCUGACCCAAACCAAAUUAGACCAGGGGGACCGAGGCAGGACCGGCCCGACCCGACAACUUCUCUUUGUGGGUUACAACCAAAGAACUCAGAGCAGCCUUCCCUUAAAGAGCCCAGCCACUCUCCUUGGAUAUACCAAAGCUAACCCCCCCAACACACAAACACACACACACAUAUAUACACAAACACACAUACACAAGUGUCCACAACCACAAACUACACACAUAUGUUCAAACACCUUCUUGAAUAAGUGGGCUGUGCUCUCUAAGAGAACUAAGCAAAAGGUAAAACAUAAAUACACAAAAAGACACAAGAAGGAAUCCAUUGUGGUCAGUGUAUGUUCUGAUGUGAUGUGUAAUCAUAUUCUCACGAGUGUAGAACACGCAUAUAGGUAUAGUUUUAGCCUAGUGAGGCUGUGUGCUGUUAUCUGCUGUAAUACUGGACUACCUCAUCACAGUAUGGUCAGAGAUCAGAGUCGGGCUCCCCUGGUUUCAUGUACACUGUCCAUGUACCACAGUCACCUCUUUCCAUUUUUACAAUAAACCCUUUGGUCCCCUGUCAGAAGGGGUGUAGCUUCCAAUUGCUGAGGUGUGCGCUUUCCUGUGGUGGCCUGUAAGAAGCGGGGCUUUUUUGGAGCCAUUUGGGCGCCAAGCUCGGAAUGUAGGGCAACCCCCAGCCAACCAAAAUAACCCCUUUCCCCCAAAACAUCACAAGGUGCCCCGGCUCUCACAGGCAAACCUAGUCGCACCCUUAAAGGGCUAUCAGCUGAAGUCACUUUUUAAAAUGUUGAUAGUGUAAGUCAUGUGUCUGAACACCAGGGGGCCCUAGAGACAAACAGAUUUUUUUUUCUUAUUUUUGUUAAGCAAAGAAGACAAGUAUUAUUACGAAAAUGUAGAGAGAUUUUGACCUGAUUUAUAGUGACUGGAUGAAUGAAUGUUAAAGGAAAAAAGAAUGUGAUUUUGAUGAAGCUGCAGAAAUUGUUGUUGAAUUGUGUGAAAUAGUCAAAUGUUUGCGAAAUGGGAAGAAGAGAGGAUGUUAGAAAGUUCAAACACCUCAGUUUCUCCGUGCAGAACCUCAUGGGCUCAUUUCAUUGGCAUGGAAGUUUGCAUGCAGCAGAGGUCAUCUUUCUUUGUUUUCUCUCUUCACUUACUGUAGCUAUUUUCUGCAAUCUUCACUUGGUUUCCUCCUACACAACUUCUAUCCAAACUGCUUGGGGGGCUCCUGAAUGUAUUUUGUCCUUUUUUGAAGUGCUGUACAGUAUUGUCAACCUACGCCUCUCAGAACCCCUCACUAUGGUUUGCACCUCUGUCCCACGUUUGACAUUUAACCCUGUAUAUGAAAACCCAGCUCCUUCCUGCUCCUCCUCACGGUCUAUAAAUAAUGAUCUUCAGUAGUGGUUUGUGAAAGUAGACAGCUCCUGUUAGCUGGCACUGGAUCAGUUUGUAUAGACCUUGCUCCUCCUUGUACUUGUAGAUACUUUCUAUUUAUAGAGCAGGUGACCUGAACCAAACACUUUAACAUUACUGUAUUUUGAAGAAAACUUCAACAUAUUUCUGUUCCUCUUCCCCUGGACUUUCUCUUUUUUUAUAGUCAACACUAGGGUGUAUCCUUUUCUUGGUAUAAUGAUAUUGGUUCAUGUUCUACUACUAUUCUUCUUCAUACUGCCAUUACGAUUGAUUUGUAUUGAGCAAUAACUUCUUUUUUUCAUGUCUGGUUUUCAUAUUGUGGGAGUCUUCCCUACGAGCUUGUUUCUAUUCACAACAGUAGAAGGCUUCUUACCUACUUUGCUGUCAUUCAUUUAUGCCAUGUAAAGUCUAAAUAUAUUACAUAUAAAUUAAUAUAAAAUGUAAGCUGUCUCUGUCCAUGUACUGAUCAAGUAACAAGAAAGAAAUAAAGACUUCAUGUCAGAA